AUGUCGUAUUACGAUGUGGAUUCUAUUCUAACGGAUGCUCAGAAAUUGCCCUGCACAUUUGAGCUCGAAGUCCCCGGGCUUGGCAUUCUCGAGGGCAAUCCGGGAGAAGAUCUCAAACCGGGGACACGAAUUGACCUUCCAUUAUGGCUAGGGGAAAUGCUUUCCAUCGGAGCACGGCUGGGGACGUCUCGACUGGUCAGCCUUGAUCUCCCAUCUGCAUUAUCCGAGCGAGUGAUGAAUGCGCUGAAGGCUGACCCUCGGACUGUGGAUUUGCGGGCUCUGGCGCCGCAUUUUUACAACUUGAGUGAGCGGAUCCUCGAAUUGUUUGAGGAAGAGGAGAUGGUGGAUGUAUUGAGUAAUACGUUCCGAAAGCGGGCUGCAGAGAUCGCUGAUCAUGCACAUAAUCCUCGAGGGGCCAUGGGGGACGGUGUUGAAUUCUUACGUGGUCUUGAUGAAACAGAACGUCAAUUGUUCCGCAUUGCCCACGACAGUGCCAAGCAGAUGCGCAUUUGGUCCGGCGAGGCAAAAAAGCCAAAGACUUGA